AUGACGUCGCGCGCGUUCCUCGCGACGCUCCUGCUCGCGAUCGCGACGCUCGCGUCGAUCGCGCGACCCGCGCUCGCGACGUCGCUCGAUCUCGAGCGCGAUCGUCAGCAUCUUAAAAAUCACGCGCCGCGCCUCCGCGGCCCGCGGCGGACGCUUCGCCAGGUCGGCGCCCCGAGCUUCGCGGGGAGCUACCUACCGGCGUCCGAUUCGUCGUCGUCGUCGUCGUCGUCGUCGAAAGGCGGCAUCCCGAAGGAGUGGCUGCGGUCCACCGCGCCGUCGACGCCGUCGUCGUCCGCGAGCGGCGCGACGAGGGCGCCCCCCGCGACCGCGGUCACGGCGGGCGCGCCGUCGCCGUCGCCGUCGCCGUCGCCGUCGUACUCCGCGCGCGAGUCUUCCUCGUCGCCGUCGCCGUCGCCCGCGACGACCGACGGCCGCGACGAUCGCUCCCGCGCGUCGUCGAAGACGGACGAGCCCCCCGAUUGGGCCCCGAUGGCUCCGCCGACGCGCGCGACGUCGAAGGAGACGGAGACGGAGACGAAGGCGGCGGCGGCGAGCACGACGGCGGCGGCGCCGUCGCCCUCCUACUCCUCCUCUUCCGCGCGGUCUUCGUCGUCCUCGAGGGAUGCGGAGAAGACGCGCGACGCCGCGACGACGACGACGACGAAGAACGCGACGAGAGACGCGUCGCCGUUCGCGCGCCCCGCGAAGGACGACCCCGCCGCGUCGUCGUCGUCGUCGUCGUCGUCGUCGUCGCGCUCGAGCGCCGCGCCCGCGCCCGCGCCGUCGCCCGCGCCCGCACCGUCGCCCGCGCCCGCGCCCGCGCCGUCGCCGUUCGAGCGCGACGACCCCAAGGAGGACGGCGACGGGUACGCCCCGAUGUUCGACGCGAAAGAGACGGAGGCGCUCGACGCGGCCGCGAAGUUCUCCUCCGCGGGGUCCGAGGGCGAGAAGCCGAAGAAGGACGCGAAGAAGAAGGACGCGGCCGCGUCGAUAUCGUCGUCCGACGCGGCGCGCGGCGGAUCGAGCGCUUCCCCCGCGCCCGCGCCCGCGCCCGACGCGAGCUCGCGCGAGUCCCCGAUGUUCGACGGGAAGGAGACGGAGGCGAUCGACGCCGCCGCGAAGUUCUCCUCCGCGUCGAAGAAGGAGGACGAGUUCGACGCCGCCGACGACGACGAGACGGGAGGGGUCGAGGACGACGACGCGGAGGACGACGACGACGCGGCGACGAGCGGCGGCGCGUCGAGCCGCUCGCCGGGGACGCGGCCUUCAUCGAAGAACGCGUCGUCGUCGUCCGCGUACCCGGACGAGGGCGACGCGAAGGGCGAUGCGAAGGGCGACGCGAAGGGCGCGGCGACCGGCGCCGCCGCCGCCGCGAAGGACCCGCGCGAGGCGUGGGUGCACGACGCCGACGACGUAGACGCGUCGUCGUCGUCGUCGUCGUCGUCCGAUGCCUACGACGCGGACUACGACGCGGACGUGAAAGGCGAGGGCGAUUACGGCGGCGACGCGAAAUACGACGACGAGACGGGCGAGUUCGACGCCGCGUCGCGGAAGAAGGAGGAGAAGAAGGCAUCCCCGAACGCGAGCGCAAGCGCAAGCGCCGCGAGCGCGCGCGGAAACGGAAAAGACGACGACGACGACGACGACGACGUUUCCGGAUACUUCCCCUCCCCCCCGACGGCGAAGGUGCCUAAGUCGUCGUCGGGUCCCCCCGCGUCCACCGCCGCGACGACGACGUACGGAGCCGCGUCCGGCGGGACCGGGUCGAGCGGCUCGCCGAGCACGAAGGACGCCGUCCUCGCGCAGCUGCAGUCGUACCAGUUUCACAUCCUCGGCGUCGCGGUCUUGCUCGGCGUCAGCCUCGUGGCGCUCUGCCGCAGAGGCGUCGCGGAGGAGUGGACGGAGCCGUUUUCGCCCGGAGGGAGAGGCGGCGGCGGCGGCGGCGGCGGCGUCGGGAAGCGCGACCCCAUCGCCGCGUCGCAGUGGUCGAGCGCGUGGGACGACGGCGACGACGACGGCGAGUGGACGGACGAGUCCGAGGAGGACGUCGAGGCCGCGAGAGAGACGGACACGCUCGUGUCGCGCGGUGACAAGCGGUGGAACGACGACGACGACGACCGCGAUCGCAGUUUUUCCGGCUCCGGGGACGAGGCGCUUCGUCGAUGA